AUGGAAGCUGCUAAUAAAAAGACCUGACCUAAAAGGGUACUUCUCGCACCUAUCUUUUCAACUUCAAUUUGUCUUUUCCUUAUGAUCAUUUCUGCAUUUUACCCCAGCUGAUCAACUCUCAGUCAAAAUGAAAUUUCAUAUCAAUUUAGUCUUUUCAGCUGCCAGAAUUGUGAGCCUAUGUACAGUGGAUGGAGUUGGCAAUGCUUUUCUAACGUAUGCGAUUCCGAUGAUACUAUUGGAGACUGCCAAACUUAUUCAAAAAGCAUGAAUUCAUCUUAUGCUUAUUUUGUGCUAGAAGCGUUUUCCUUUAUUACUGGACUGAUUUUAAUUGAAAAAUUAAUAUUGCUUAUGGACGGCAAAAUGCAGUCCAAAAAUACAAUAUUUUAUUUACAGUCAUUUAUCAUGGCAGCUAGUCAUAUGAUUGCUAUUUCUGCUUGGCUUAAUUUAAAUGAGGCAGAUUUUAUUUCAUAUAAGCCCCUGGUUGAUGCUGACGACGUUUCACUUCAAUCAGAAACUGGGCCAGAAAUUGCAAAAAUUAAUUGUUUAAUGUGCAUAUUGUCUUUCAUCCUAUUGGUGACUGUGCUGCAUAGACAGCCUACUUUAAAAUCCAUUGAGAGCUCUACCGAUAUGCAAAUGAAUUUUAGAAAAUAUAAAUUUGACUACUGAAUGUGGAUCGUCGGGUUUCUUUUUGCAUCUGGCGUAGUAACCAUCAUUAUAGCACUAUCAAAUAGAUGGGUUUUGAGAAAUUCAGACAGCAGUCUUUGAGAAGGUGGUCUUUCAAAUUGCUAUAACUGCGAAAAAGAUUUUUCCUAUAUAAGUUGAGGAUGUUUAUCAUCUUUCUAUUGCUCCAUUGACUCUUCUGCAGGCACUUGCAAUCUUUAUAAGCAUUUAUCUAAAGCCUAUGAGGCUUAUGUUGUAAUUGAAUGUCUUGGACUUAUCAGUUCAAUAUUUUUCCUUAAAACUUAUUUCCACCUCAUCAAUAAAAGAGACUAUGGACUCUCUGCUAUGAAUUAUGUAAAACUUAUAUAGUGUUGGGCAAUCUGCAUAGCAAUGUUCAAUUUCACUGCUACAGUUAUCUGGUUUAACCAAAGCAAAGCAAAGUUAGCAAAGACUUGUGAUUCUCCUGCAGAUAUUCAUGAAGAGCCUGCCAUAUGUUCGUCUUAUGGGCCUUAUACAAUUUUGAUAUCAAAUGCAUUUUUUAUACCAAUGGCAAUCAUAUUUUGCUUUGCGUAUUAUAAAAGAACUGACGAGUCUAGGCAAGUAAUGCUAGCAGAAACGCAGCAAAAGCAAAGUGAUUCAUUUUCAGAUAAAGGUGGAAAUAAUUAA